AUGAGUACAUCAUUGGAGGAACGUCUUAAGACACAUUCUUCUGCUUUUGAUGGAUUAUUAUCGUUAAUACCUGCGAAGUAUUAUUAUGAUGAAGCAACACAAGACCAAUGGCAGCAGAAAAAGAAGCAGAAGAAUGAGCUGAAACAAAAUAAGAGAGCAAAGUUUGAUCCUGACGCUAAAAAUCUGGCUGACGAUUACAUGAAUGCAUAUGCAAGCGCAAAGGAUGUAAUGAACAAUAAAGAAAAAGAUGCAAAGAGGGUGAAGCUACCUUCAAAUGAACAAAAGGUUACUUCUGAUAUUGGCGGUGAUUCAAUCGACACCUCUCUUAUGAAAGAGGAUCCAGAAGAAAUACCAAAUGAUUCUGAUGUUACUUCUGAAGAUUUUUCUAUCACCGAGGGUAUUGAUAUGAUAUUUGACGAUAAUGGAAAUGAAGUUGCAAGAGAAACGAAAAAUACGAAGAAGGAAAAGAAUCUUAAUAAAAAGGAACUAUCUCCAGAGGAACAAAAGAAAAAAGAAGAAAAUUUAUCAAAAUUGAGAGAAAAAUUAUCAGCUAGAAUUGGCACUUUAAGAGAAAAAAGGAAGGCUUUUGGAACUCAAUCGACGGGCGCACCCAAAUCAAGAGAGCAAAUGCUAGCACAGCGUAAGAAAAAAGAAGAACUCAAAAGAGAAGAAAUGUUGAAGCGUACGCAAGAUGAAACGGAAGAUAAUUCAUCUUCCGAUUUGAGCUCUGACGAGGAGAAUGACAUUGUAGUUGAUGGCGAGAAAGAUUCCGUUGUCUUUGGUAACAUAGAAUUUGGUGACGGAUCGAGAAUGACUUCAGAUUUACAGCGAUUACGUACUUCAUCUAACAGGAAGAAGAAAAAGGGCCCCGCUAAUAAUGACAUUAAGGGGCAUUUAUUAAAAUUGGAGCAAAAAAAGCGCAAAUUCAAUGAAAUGUCACCAGAAGAACAGGCUGCGCAAAGAGAAAAAGAUAAAUGGCAAAAAAUUAUGGCUCAGGCAGAAGGAGUUAAGGUGAAAGACGACGAAAAGUUGUUGAAAAAGGCUCUCAAACGAAAAGAAAAGCAGAAACUGAGAAGCGAGGUUGAAUGGAGAGACAGGAAGCAGAUUGUACAGAAUACCAUUUCUGCAAGACAAAAAAGAAGAGAAGAUAAUUUAAGACUGAGGAGAGAAAAUAAAGGGAAGAAAGGCAAGAAUAUGAAAUUGAGAAAGUUUACUGGAAUCGUUAACAACAAAAAGAAAAGAGCAGGCUUUGAAGGCUCUGCCAAAUCUAAAGGAAAGUCCAAGACAUAA